AUGACAACCGAUAAAAAAAAUAGAAAGUAUUGUGCUAAAUGUGUUGAUAAUCAAGGUGUUAGUGGCUUAUUUAUUUGCGACGGGUGUCAAAAUAUGUUUUGCAUCCGACAUGUCAAUGAACAUCAAGCAGAACUUAGUAAUCAACUCGAAAUCGUUAUCUAUGAACAUGAUUCAAUUCAACAACAACUUUCGCAAUCAUCUUCUGAUCAUGUUCUUCUGCAGAAAAUUAACAAUUGGGAAAUAAAGUCAAUAGAAAAAAUUCAAAUAGCAGCCGAAAGAGCUCGAAAUGAUCUUCAACAAUUGAUCGAGAAAACAAAUCAGCGGUUAUCAAAAAUCUGUACUGAUAUAGCUGUUAAUCUACGGUCCGCUAGUAAGACAAAAGAUUUUUCGGAAACGGAUUUAGAAGAAUGGCGAACACAAUUAAGUGAAUUGAAAAAUAAUAUCGACUCAGCGAUUUCAUGCAAUUUAAUCAAAGACAAACGUUCGCCUAUUUAUACAAUAAAAAUUGAAGCAGACAGUGCUGCCAAUCAAAUCCUGAAGAAGCAAUUAUCAUAUAAGGUCGAUGAUAGAUUCUGUCUCAUAUGUGGUCCGGUUCAGCUUGACUGUAAUGCGAUGCGUAGCACAUAUGUUGGUGACGAUGAAGGAUACGGAAGAAUUCGUGGUCAACAGAAGUAUUCUCAAAGUCGAAAUACGAUUAGAUUCAAAAUUGAAAAAACUAGAUCACCUCAAGCACUAUUUUUUGGUAUCACAACAUCAAAUGCAGAUUUAGAUCAAAGAUUAUGGAGCGAUCCAGCAACGAUUGGUUGGUGUGGAGACAAUAGUAUAUGGGUGCACGGUUAUCAUGACGAUAUUAAAAGUCAAUCGGUAGAUGAUCGAUUUCAAUUUGGGGAUAUUCUACAGCUUAUCCUCAAUUGUGAUAGAAAUCAAAUUGAAUUAUAUAAUGAACGAACAGAUAAAACACAUAUUCAGUGUGUUGACUUGAAAGAAACACCUUUUCCAUGGCAUUUUUUAGUAGGAUUGUGUAGUUAUGGCGAUUGUGUCAAUAUCGUGUAG